AUGAACCAAGUCGUUGAUUUAAGUCUCCACGUUAUAUCCAAUCAAUUUCUAUAUAAUUUAAAUCCCAGGGAGCAGAUUCAGGCUUAUGUAUUUGAUGUGGUUCGAGCUAUUGUUCCAAGAAUGGCAUUGGAUGAGCUUUUCGAGCAGAAGGGUGAGGUUGCCAUAGCUGUCUUGGAGGAAUUGGAGAAGGUGAUGGGAGCCUAUGGCUACUGCAUAGAGCACAUUUUGAUGGUUGACAUUAUACCUGAUGAUACUGUACGCAGGGCAAUGAACGAGAUCAAUGCAGCUCAACGACUUCAGCUUGCUAGUGUAUACAAAGGUGAAGCCGAAAAGGUGCUCCAAGUCAAAAGGGCAGAAGCUGACGCUGAAGCCAAGUACCUUGGUGGGGUUGGUGUUGCCAGGCAGAGGCAGGCAAUCACAGAUGGUUUGAGAGAGAACAUACUGGAGUUCUCACACAAGGUGGCAGGCACAUCAGCUAAGGAGGUGAUGGAUCUCAUCAUGAUCACACAGUACUUUGACACCAUCAAAGACCUCGGCAACUCAUCUAAGAACACCACUGUUUUCAUCCCUCAUGGCCCUGGUCAUGUAAGAGACAUCGGCGACCAGAUUCGCAAUGGGUUGAUGGAGGCAUCCUGUGCUCAAAUUGAUGAGCAGUGAUACCAUUCACCAGGCAUCUUCCAAAGCACAUUUUCUUUGAAUUUGAAUGCAAGAUGGUAAAAAAUACGAUUUAUGUAAAUAGGAUGAAAUCCUAUAUUUUAAGUUUGUCAUUGAACAUGUAUUAUGAGUUUUUUAUGCUCGAGUUGCCCUUUUCGCUAAUGGAAAAGAAAACUAUCCUUCGAAAACCUUUUUUACCA